AUGAAGGCGCAGAGCGUGCUGGCGUUGGCAGUGCUGGUGGCACUGGCCGCCAUCGUGGCGACAUCCGUGUACAGGCAUGAAGGGCAGCAGGGACAGGCAACAACCACGUUCUCCGGAACUGCAGGCAAACCUCAACAGCAGCAGCAGCAACAACAGCAGCAGCAGCAGCAGCAAGGAGAGCCGACGAAGAAGCCGAUCCCAAACCUGAGCAUCAAGGCCAAGCUGGUGCAGGAUGACAACGCGCCAGGGGUUGACCAGAAGUCAAAGGAGAGCGAGCCAAAGGCAGACGAAUGGAAGCCUGUCGUGCCGCAGCCAGACGAAGACGGCAUCACCUCGCUCACGGGACCUGCGCCCGAGCGGCUCAGCAUGUGGGAUCCCGUCGCCAUCAACUACACGCGCAAGCUUCGUUUGGAUGACUCAGGUCGCUUGUACGAGAUGCGGACCAUGUCCAUGGAUCCUCCCGUUUUUGAGAUCGAGGACUUCCUGACGGACGAGGAGUGUGAAUCCAUCAUCAACAUGGCGGUGGACGGCGGUCUGCAGAAGAGCGACUUUACAUAUCUGGACGGCAGCAACUACGACGAGCGAGACAAGGACACGGCGAAUUUGACGCCGGAGGAGGCCGACAAGAUCUUCCGAUACAGCGAUCAGACGUGGCUGCGGCACGAUGCGAGUGCGCACCUUCAGGCGAUGUACGAGCGCGUGCGGCGGCUGGCGCUGCUGCCGGACCGCGUGGCGCAGCAGAUGGAGCCGCUGCAGGUCGUCAAGUACAGGGAGUUCGGCCACUACGAGACGCACUACGACUCCGAGGACGAGCACCAAGGCCCCUGCUGCAUUGACCCGUAUGCGCGGGAGCGGGGCAUGUCGACGGGUGUGAGUGCUCUCAACCGCCCGCUGGAGCAGCGCUGCCGCCUCUGCCGAUUCAUGACCAUCUUGUACUACCUCGUCGACACGGAGGAGGGCGGCGGGACGGUGUUCCCGAUGGCCGACACGACGGAGGAGGAGUACCAGCAGUGGCACCUCAGCGGCGGACCAGACAAAUUCAAGCAGACGCGGACGUGCAGCCCUGGUCUCGCUGUUCCCCCGAAGAAGCGCAAGGCCGUCAUGUGGUACAACCACCACGUGCGGGACGGGUAUCUUGGCCCGCGCCACAAGAAGUAACGGGAAGGGCACAGAACUGCUGCUGCUGCUGCAUCUUGGUCGUGUUUGCGCGACUGUUUUCGGCGAUCGUGUACCCCCGCCCCA